AUGCACUUCCCCGUACCAGGCAUAUCCAUCGCAUUUUCCGACGGGGAGUACGACGAGUCUUCGUUCACCUGCGCGCCUCCUCCCCGCUCGCUCUACGCCAGCAUUUACUCGCCCACACGCACACCACGCACAAUAAACCCACCACAACACACAACAAACCCACCACAGCGCACAACAAACCCACCACAACGCACAAUAAACCCAACACACACCCUCCGCCUCGCACACUCAACCGCCGCGAAGCCGCGGCUGGACUACCGCGCCAAAUACGGGGAUGGCGCGGUGAUAUACCCCAACACGCUCUGGUCUGCGUAUGAUGCUGUGAAAGAUGUAGCGUCGUUCACUGCGCUGCUUGGGCCUGGGCCUGGGCCUGCGGGUGCGGGACACGCUUCCUCUAUCAACUCCACCUCCUCCUCCGCCGACGACGACGCCGACAACGCCAACGCCAACGCCAUCGCCGACCCACCGCGCAUCGUCGGCUGGAGCGGCGAGCGCCUCCGCGAAGGCGACAUCAGCUGCUGGGCCUUCCAGCGCGUCGUAUGCGGGCCGCCGCCGCCUCCAUGCGCAUACGCCGCGCCGCCCGCCAUUCCACUGCCCAUUGCCACACGUAUGCCAGAAAAUGGGGGUGCAGGUGCGGGCGCGGACUAUGUCCGACGCGGAUGUCCACCUGCAAUUCCACCUGUUGAUGUACCCCCGUAUCUGUAUCCAUAUCUACACCCACAUCCACAUCCAUAUCCAUACGCACAUCCACACACAGUGCAACCGCAUACACCUACCGCCCCAUCCCAAGCACCACCCCCAGCCCAAGCCCGCACCCCCCCAGCCGAAUGCACCACCUACACAACCUACCUGCACACCCGCACUCAAGCCGACCCAUACACGCGCACAACCCGCCUAUCCGACGCGCAGCUCACCACAAUCGACGACUUCCUCGCGCUCGCGCUGCCGGGUGGGCUGGAGCCGCGCUGGGGAUGGAGCGGGUAUCCGAAUGCGCGGGUGUCUGAUCGUGCGCAUGUGGUGGUUACGGCGCCUGUGCCUUUGUGUCCGGUGGUGGAUGGGGGUGAGGGUGGGGGUGGGGAGGGAGGGGGGGAGGGAGAGGGGGGGAGGAGGAGGUAUGUCACGUUUGACGAGAUGGUUGCGGAGGAAGCUGAGAGGCUGAAGAAGAAGGCCGCUCAAGAGCGGGCGGAGGAGAAAGCGAGAGAGAGGGAGAGAAAGAUCGCGCGGAAUGGCAAGGGAAAGGGUAAAAACAAAGGAAAAGGCAAAGCGAGAGCAAGAGCGGAGGAAGACGACGGAGACGCGGACAGGGACGGGGACGGGGAGAGCGGGGAGAGCGAACAACUGACGAAGAACAAAGUCUGCGACCACCCCACGGACCCAGAAGACAUACCGUACCAGCGCAUUCCCUCGCAGAGCGCGAAAGAUAUAGCUGCGGUGCUUGUGCUGGGCCUGUACGUCCCGCCCGACGAGCUGCGCGAGGCGUUGUUCAAGUUGGAGGAUAUGGCGUGGAGAGGGCAUAAAACUCCGUCAUGA